UUUCUUUCUGGAAUAUUCCAGGUCGGCCUCGAUCUCCUUGCCCUUCGCGCACAUCUUCAAUCCUUAGCCCCAGUGUUCGGUUCCUUUCCUGCAGAGUAUAAAGCUAAGAGGAAAGACCUGCCGCUACCGCACAGAACCGCGGUCAGAUCCCAUAUCCACACUCCAAGCAGCCCUUCCGUUCGCGAUUUCUCUCUUUUCCAACCGCAACCUUUAGUUUAAUCAUUCUCAGGAUGAGCCGGCACCCAAUUUUGAAAUGGGCACAGAGAAGUGAUAAAAUCUAUCUCACUGUGGACUUGGCAGAUGCUAAAGAUGUCAAACUCAAGCUUGAACCUGAUGGAAAGUUUAUAUUUUCAGCCGUUAAAGAUGGGUGCGACUUUGUCGUAGAUCUUGAACUGUUUGACAAAGUCAACGUUGAGGAGAGCAAAUAUGUUGUCGGCCCGAGAAACAUUUCAUAUAUCAUAAUCAAAGCUGAGAGCAAUUGGUGGCCUAGGUUGAUUAAGCAAGAAGGAAAGACGCCUGCAUUCCUGAAAGCUGAUUGGGAUAAAUGGGUUGACGAAGAUGAGGAAAAUGGUAAACCAAAUUGGUGUUCAGAGGUUGUAGGUGGCGGCGCUCCAGGUGGCAUGGACUUUGAUGGCAUGGAUUUCUCGAAACUUGGUGGCAUGGGUGGAAUGGGAGGCAUGCCGGGCAUGGGUGGCAUGGGAGGCAUGCCGGGCAUGGGAGAUUUCAGCAUGCCAGAAGGAGACAUGCCUGAUGAUGACGAUGAGGACGAUGAUGAAGAUGAAGUCAAGAAACCAGAAGCCAAGGUGGAAGAAGUAGCCAGUAAAUCUGCUUCGGAGGAAGCCAAAGCUUGAGGGUGCUCGAAGAAAACAACCAGCCUGCGUGCAGUUAACUUGAGAUGGUUCUCUGAUUGCAUGCGGUUGGGGCGAAAUCUCAACAUAUUGCUAAGAUGUAGGCCCCGUUUUAUGAAUUUAUGCUUUUUCUCCGUUGGGGGGUACAAUAGAACACGUGUAUGGAUGGAUUGAUACUCUUUGAUGGCAAAAAGGGCUCUCUUGUCCUUGAUCGGUUUGGUUAAUGUGCGGGUCGAUGUAGCAAAAUGAAGUGAAGGCUGAUUGUUUUCGAUUAUGACUUAUAUGAAUGAAGUAGCCCAGAGUGAGUUUAUCUUAGUUUACGUGUUAAAUUAAUCAGAUCUUGUAUAACCUACGGUAUGAUAAUGAUAUUCGUUUAUCUAUCUCGAUGAAGUGACAUAGUGUUCUUCAGGU